UUCGAAAUUAAAAGUUUCCACUAUUAUAGAGUUCUUGUCAUUGGUUGGGUCACUAAAUUCCAUAGCUAAGUUGCAGAUUUAAUUGGAAAAUAAUCAGAAUUUUCUAGUCCUUUCUAAACGAAACUCAGAAAAAUCAGAAACAAUUAUUAUAAUACUUGCGCGCCACUCAUUCACCUGUAUUAAGAAUCCACUGCCACCCACUGCCUUCACUAAAAGCCUCUCAUGAAAACCGCCCCUGGUAUCUUCCCUUCUCUGCCGACCGCCCUAUAAAAACCCACCUCCCUUUUCACCACUAAACAUCAAAAAACCAAAAACCAAAAAUCCCAUUUCUCGCUACACGAAAAUUCUCAUCACAAAGUUUCGAUUUUUAUUGUUUUGAGUGUUUCUGAGUGUCUCCAUCUUUCUUUUGUUUUGAGUGUUUCUGAGUGUGAUCGAAGUCACUCAACAAUCCAUGGACACCAAAAUCGGAGCACUUGGCGUUUGCAAGCCCGCAAGCAACGAAGUGGGCAGCCUGCCAAACGGCACAGCUAUGGCGAUUCAGAAUUCUGCCCCCUCCACCGUGAUCAACUCUUCCGAGGCCACUCUGGGUCGCCACCUUGCUCGCCGACUCGUCCAAAUCGGGGUCACCGACGUCUUCACUGUGCCCGGUGACUUCAACUUGACCCUUCUCGACCACCUCAUCGCAGAGCCUGGGCUCACCAACAUUGGCUGCUGCAACGAGCUCAACGCCGGCUACGCCGCUGAUGGCUACGCUCGCUCUCGUGGCGUCGGCGCGUGUGUUGUUACUUUCACUGUGGGGGGGCUCAGUGUUCUCAAUGCGAUCGCUGGAGCCUACAGUGAGAACUUGCCUCUGAUUUGUAUAGUUGGAGGACCCAACUCUAAUGACUAUGGAACCAACCGGAUUCUUCACCACACUAUUGGGUUGCCUGAUUUUACCCAAGAGCUUAGGUGCUUUCAGACCGUCACUUGCUAUCAGGCUGUCGUAAAUAAUCUGGAAGAUGCACAUGAAUCGAUCGAUACGGCAAUUUCAACUGCUUUGAAAGAAAGCAAGCCUGUUUACAUUAGCAUAAGCUGUAACUUGGCUGGGAUUCCCCAUCCUACGUUUAGCCGGGAACCAGUUCCAUUUUCAUUGUCUCCCAAACUGAGCAAUCAGUGGGGCUUAGAGGCUGCAGUUGAGGCAGCUGCAGAGUUCUUGAACAAGGCAGUGAAACCAGUUAUGGUAGGUGGGCCUAAACUGCGAGUUGCACAUGCUGGUGAUGCCUUUGUUGAACUAGCUGAUGCCAGUGGUUAUGCUCUGGCUGUGAUGCCUUCAGCAAAGGGGCUUGUGCCAGAGCACCACCCUCAUUUCAUUGGGACAUAUUGGGGCGCCGUGAGCACUGCCUUUUGUGCUGAGAUUGUGGAGUCUGCAGAUGCGUACUUGUUUGCUGGACCAAUUUUCAAUGACUACAGCUCUGUUGGGUACUCUCUCCUUCUCAAGAAAGAGAAGGCAAUCAUCGUGCAGCCCGAUCGUGUGACAAUAGCAAAUGGCCCUUCAUUUGGUUGUGUUCUCAUGAAGGAUUUCCUCAGAGCACUAGCAAAGAAGCUCAACCACAACAACACUGCUCAUGAGAACUACCGCAGGAUCUUUGUUCCUGAUGGACACCCUCUACAGUGUGCACCCAGAGAACCUUUGAGGGUUAAUGUUCUGUUUGAACAUGUCCAAAAGAUGCUGUCAAGUGAAACAGCUGUGAUUGCUGAGACAGGGGACUCAUGGUUUAACUGCCAGAAACUGAGAUUGCCGGCUGGUUGCGGGUACGAGUUCCAAAUGCAAUAUGGAUCAAUUGGUUGGUCAGUUGGAGCAACUCUUGGGUAUGCUCAGGCUGUUCCUGAGAAGCGAGUGCUUGCUUUCAUCGGUGAUGGGAGCUUUCAGGUGACUGCCCAAGAUGUGUCGACAAUGAUUCGAAAUGGGCAGAAGACCAUCAUCUUCCUGAUAAACAAUGGUGGAUACACCAUUGAAGUAGAGAUCCAUGAUGGACCAUACAAUGUGAUCAAGAACUGGAACUACACAGGACUUGUUGAUGCCAUCCACAAUGGAGAGGGCAAGUGCUGGACAACCAAGGUCCGUUAUGAAGAGGAGCUGAUUGAAGCAAUUGAGACUGCAACUGGGGACAAGAAGGAUAGCUUGUGCUUCAUUGAGGUGAUAGUUCACAAGGAUGAUACCAGCAAAGAGUUGCUUGAGUGGGGGUCUAGGGUUUCUGCGGCCAACAGCCGCCCACCCAACCCUCAGUAAACUCUUUCAUGCCAUGGCCUUCAUUAAUGUAGUGUUAUUUGUUCUGAAACAUUAGAAUGUUGCUCUUUCUUAUGGAGGGUUUCUUAUGUUUCUUGUUGUUUUUUUUUAAAAAAUUUCCCUUGGUAAACGGUGUCUGUGUUUUACUUGAAUUUUUGUUGGGUUCUAUGUAUAUUCCCCUUUGAAUUUGAGCAUCUUCUGAUAUUUUAGUU